GGCUACCCUCCAUUGUCUAGUAGCAUUGUUGCCGAACUAUAGUGAAAUAUUGCUGUGACAUCGAUCAUUUAAUUCGUCGUUAUCUUAAUCUCAGUAUCAUCGUUUAUCUUUUACGCGCUCCUUUAGCUACUGUACACUUGCUGACAAGCGUAUUUUGGCCAUUCAUUUCGUAGGCUAAUCGAUGCUGAUGGGAUCCGACCGUGAUUUCACAUCCUGACCCUAAUUAAUUCGUUUCAGUUCUAUUAGACGAGGUGUAUUUCCAUCUUAACACAGCGGAAUUCAAGAAGAUAGGCACAGGAAGGGAGGACCGAUCAUAUAUAACAUGUGCGAAAAAAAGAACGAAAACUCUCGAACUGUUUUAAGACAAAAAAAAAAAAGGCAUUUAGAACCGCUGGUUCCUCGGCCAAUCCACCGUAGUGGAUAAGGGCCAUUAUUUGAUAACAAGAACAAGGAACUAUCUAGAAUGCACUCGCGAACACAUCUUCUUAUUUGCAAAAUUCGUCUUUAUAUUUAAUUUACCUCAGCCUACUACCGCCCGAUUAGUGAGGGCUUUAUUAUCUCCUUCAUUGAUACCUCUUUCAUAAUAUUGUUUCAAUUAGUCUUACUGCUCAGUCGCGUACUAUUCAUAAAUAUUUGGUCUUCCGUUUUUUUUUUUUUAAUUUACCUCCUGCCGCCGGAUUUUUGGCCUAUAUUUUUUAGUGAGAAAACGCCAUAAACGCGGACAAUCAUUAUCAUCAUCAUCACCGUUUACCCCAGCGCUGGGUUGAGCCAUAACACCGGGCACUAAAGAACGAGCCAACGCGAACAUCGCGUGCUUGGGAAAGAAAGACGAAGGCUGAAAUAGCGCGUGGUGUCAGCAGCCGAACGAGAGAACGCAGGCGUUCCAGGCUCAGACUUCUGCAGAUUCUGCUGUUACCCUGACCAGAAUGUACUCGCCCGGUCUCGGACCAACUCAUCAGCGAGGCAGGAGGGCUUUCUACCCGGCCACAUUCCGUAAUAUGGCGCCGUACGAGAACGCGUACCUGGACCACGACAUGUGUUAUCCCGUCCUGCCGCCACCAUCGCAGGAUCCGUUCGGGGAAUCGCCCAACAUGCUGUCUGGAAUGGUUCCCCUGUCCGACACGGUGAGCGACGGCUCCUCUCCGGUAUCUAACCACACUUCGUCAGCAAAUGGCUGCAACGGUGAAGACAGUGACGACAACGGGCCGUUUGCGAAGCUGCUGAACAAUGCAGAGGUUCUGGCAGACGACGACGACGACGAAGGCAGCGCCGACGAGGAGCGCAUCGUGCACAAGCAAGUAGAAUGUGAUCCCGAGGAACCGCAGAGGCCCAUGUCUGCAUACGCGCAGUUCUUCUGCGAAACUCAAGCAGCCAUCAAAGUGCAGAAUCCCCACGCCAGCUUCGGCGAGGUAUCGCAGAUAGUGGCCUCCAUGUGGGAGGGGCUCGAGGCGGAGCAGAAGCUGUCGUACAAGAGGAAGACGAAAGCUGCCAAGAAGGAAUACCGCAGGGUCCUCACAGAGCACAGGUCCCCCCUCGCCGCAAACGGCGCUGCUGAUCAGCUGGACGUAGACCGAAGAAGCGGGUACGUGAGUUCACCGAGCGCGAUGCGCACUCCACCAAGGGGCAGCAUGUCGCCUCUGCAGAACAACAACCCACUGCUGAGCUCUGUCAUGGACGAGGGCUCCCCGCGUAACUACAUGGUGGCGGCGUCUCCUGAAGACGUGCUGAGAACUCGGCAGCAGCAGCAACAUCAGCAUCCCAUGGCACUGAGCUCACCGUCGAUGUUCCAGAAGCCAAAGCAGGCGUCAGUGAUGCCGAGGCACUGCCGCCCUCAGGUGGUGAUGAAUUCAGCUUCACCUUCGUCCGCCUCCUGCGCAACUGCCCUGAAGCCUCAGCGGUCGCCGUCACUUUGCUACCAGACCUCGGGCAGGGGUGUAGGUGUGCCAAACAACCACGGUCCGAUGCCUGUAGGACAUAUUUUUACCCGGUGCCGCCGUAACGGCUGCCCCAAUCCGCCCGUUGCUUCGCAUGAAUGGGACGUCGAGUACUGCAGCAGUGAGUGCGUCAUCUUGUACUGCAAGAAUGUGUUCUCGGCCUGGGCAGCACAACGGCAGAUCGCCGAACGCAGCCUUCCGCACUGAAACGAGCAGCGUCGCCGUGGCCCGUUGUUAAAAGAAGCCAAGCCUCCUCGAUCUCUGUGUGGUGACACUACGCACGACAUCCUGCUUUCUUCCUUUUUGCCUUUUUUUUUCUUAGAGCAUUCCUUCGCAGUGGCACUUCCUAUCUAUACAGCUGAUCAUUUGUUAUGCGCAACAUCAUUUAGUUUGGUUGCAUAAAAAGACGGCGCCUUCAUAGUGCCCGUUCUACAGUGUGCAAUAAAGGGUUUGAUAGCCUACAA